AUCCGGCCAGUGAUCGGCAAGUCAGUUUCCGGUUAACUUCCGGCUUCAUCCGCAGCACCAUGAACUUUACUAGAUGUCUACAGAAUCUGCCAAGGAUAUCAAUAAAUGAUGUUCACCGUAUCGUGGACGCCCACUCCCCUGCUCCCAAGAACAAGAGGGAAAAGGGGUUUCGCCUCUAUAUCUCAAGUUACCUACACCAGUACGAGGGUGGUGCUGAAAGAUUCCAGUCCUGUGGAGCUGAUGCACCACAGCUGCACAUGUGUGGCUGGAGCAGCUUUAUGUAACCACUGUGUGGCUUUGCUGUUUCAAUCAGCCCACUAUUCUCAGCUCAAGUUGCCAGUGGUGCCCCCUGUGCUAAGCUGUACCGAGGGAGAGCAGCAAUGGCACAAGCCCAGAACUUUGGGUGUAAAGCCAGGCCCUGUGGAUAAGAUGGCAGUGCUAUCUGCGAAGCCAAAGUGUGGAGCAACAACAGAGGGUGUAAGAAGCACACUCUACAAAGCCCUCAGUGGGGAUUUACCUGAUCUCUCCGUCCUUCAGGUGUCAGAGGUGUUUAAGGACUUCUCCGCAGCUGAGGCUCCGAUGAUCUGCAGCAUGGGCAUCAGCUGUGAAAUUCCAGGUUCAGGCUGGAAGUGCAUUGUCCUAUCAGCAACCACCAACAGCCAAGAGAGACCUGUCCUUCCAUGCUGCUCCACCACCUCCAUCUCUGCCUCUUGAAGACUACCGCCUGCAGCCAUCCAGUUGCAUGUUCGUCUGUAGAGACUCACAACAGCUACACCUCAAAAGUCUGGAAGUCACUUGGGACAUGGCACACACAUUUGAGUGUGCUACCAGAGCACAAAGUUCAUGUGGUGAAUGGCAUCAGUUAAGCAGGCCUAGACUUACUGCCUCACGGUUCAGGGAGAUCUGUCAGGUCAGAGAAGGCGCCGAAGAGAGUCUGGCUGACCAGAUACUGCAGGGGACCCGCCAGACUUCAGCAAUGAAGAGGGGGCUUGAAAUGGAGGCAGAUGCCAUCUGGGAGUACUGUCAGAUGAAGAGGGUCAACCACUACCCCUGUGGAUUUGUAAUCCACCCUGACGCCCCUUGGAUGGGGGCAUCUCCAGAUGGGUUAAUUUUUGACACUUCUGAGCCAUGUCAGUUUGGUUUGAUUGAGAUGAAAUGUCCGAAUGUCAAAAGCUACAUUGACUGCCCAUAUCUCAAAAUGAAUUCAGGAAAAUUGGAGCUAAAAAAAACACAUGCCUAUUACUCACAAGUGCAAGGGCAAAUGCUAAUCACAGGAAUGAAGUGGUGUGAUUUUGUUGCAUCCACUGCGCUCGAAGGACGCGGUCCUUUGGAAAGCGGUGAAGCUUAUUUCACUAUUAUAGCGACUUGAUCCGGUGCAAAAUGGCACACAGCAAUGUUCGUUUGAGCCACCCUCCCUUUCCUGCAACUUAAAACUAUGCCUCACAUUGUAUUUUCUCUUUUUUCUGAGAGCUGAAGUCAAGUUAUUCCGUCCGUCCAUUUUUCCCGCUACCGUCACUGAAGCCGGAAGUUAACCGGAAACUGACUUGCCGAUCACUGGCCGGAUCGGAAGUACGUCACGGGGCUGGUGCACAGAGCCUAUUGCCCUCCUACGUACUUCCGCUCAAUUUUCAUUUCAUUUUCAUUUCGCUCUGUCUGGGGGUACGGACGAAUAUGCGUUCUUGUCUGUACUCGUGUGCUCGUGUUCUUGUGAAACGUCAUCUCUUGCUGCCCAAGUACUGUCCCAAACCCAAGUUCGCUUUCACCAAGAAUGGAUAAAGCUCCCGGAUGUAUUCCCGGAAAUGUUCUCGACACGCCCAUUUUACCAAGGAUGCAUCGGAUGCUAACUUAUGUUAACUCGGCAGCAAAUAUAUCCCAGCAUUCAUUUCGGCAUUCAAGCGAGGAGCGGGAAAUUACUCGACGCCAUUGAACAACGGUACGUUUUUACUAUUUUCGUAUGCUAUUUCAUCACUACAAAUUCACUUUGAGGCGAGAAAUCAAGGGUUUAGAUUUCAAAUAUUAGCAGUUUUACGAAAAUCGAUGGCGAAUUCAAAAUCUGCUUAAACGUUUUGGGAGUUGAGAAGCUCCACAAUUGUGUAUUGCGCAAUACCAGCAAGUACGCAUCGUCUCAAACCGCCAACAGCGCUCUGUGUGCUCUUCAACUUGCAAGUUCAAUUCUUCCAAGAACAACUCGCAGGAACGUUCUCCCCAAGUACACAAGUCCGUUCUUUGCAUUCUUGGUAUUGAGAAACGCCAUCAGUUUAGCUUAGCAAGGUGCCUGACGGAGCGAAAUGACCCGAAAGUACCCAAGUGACCGCCAUGAUAAGAGCUGUUCGAAUUUUCUAGAUCAGGGAUUCCCAAAGUGUGGUGGUGCGUGAGCUGCCAGCAGGGGGUGCGCGAGA